ACUACAUAGCGUCAAUGACGAAUGUGUUGCUGAUUCUUCUCAAAUUAAAGAAAACUGUAUUGUUGUGUAAAUGUGCAUAUACUACGUAGUAUUGUUGUCAGUUUUAAAGUGAUAGUCUGCAAGUGUGCGUGAAGUGGGGAAAUCGUUUAUUCAAUCUACAAGGAAUUCAAGAUGGAUGAACUCAAAGGAUUCUUAAGACAGGCGGGGCAAGAGUUCCUCAAUGCUGCCGGCGAUGCCGCAAUGGGCGCCGCCAAAGAAGUUGUUGGAUCUGUGAUCAAUGAAAUUUUUGUGAAGAAGGAGGCCGAAACAAAGCGAGUUCUGCCUAGCAUCAAGAACAUGCGAGUCCUGGGCGAGACGAAUGCUGGUCUGGGGCACAAUGUCGAUGUGCAGGAUUACGAGUCAUUGCUGAACGGCUGCCUGGCGAGUGGUUCGCUCUUCGAGGAUCCCCUUUUCCCCGCUAGCAACGAAUCUCUGAUGUUCUCACGCCGACCUGAUCGGCACAUUGAAUGGCUGCGUCCGCAUGAAAUUGUGGAGGAUCCGCAGUUCUUUGUGGAGGGCUUCUCUCGAUUUGAUGUGCAGCAGGGCGAACUUGGAGACUGUUGGCUUUUGGCUGCCACCGCAAAUUUGACACAGGAAUCGAAUCUCUUUUUCCGCGUAAUUCCGCCGGAGCAAAGCUUCCAAGAAAACUAUGCGGGCAUCUUUCAUUUUCGCUUUUGGCAGUAUGGUAAAUGGGUGGAUGUGAUUAUUGAUGAUCGUCUGCCGACAUAUCGUGGAGAGCUACUCUAUAUGCAUUCGGCGGAGAAGAACGAGUUCUGGAGUGCUCUCUUGGAAAAAGCCUACGCCAAACUUCAUGGCUCUUAUGAGGCGCUUAAGGGAGGCACUACUUGCGAGGCUAUGGAGGAUUUCACUGGCGGUGUCAGUGAAUGGUAUGACCUCAAGGAGUCGCCGGACAAUCUAUUUACCAUUUUGCAAAAAGGAGCGGAGCGCAGUUCCAUGAUGGGUUGCUCUAUCGAAGCGGAUCCCAAUGUGCUGGAGGCUGAAACGCCACAGGGCUUAAUUCGCGGACACGCUUACUCCAUCACCAAGGUUUGCCUUAUUGACAUUGUGACUCCAAAUCGUCAAGGCAAGAUUCCCAUGAUACGUAUGCGUAACCCGUGGGGCAAUGAAGCCGAGUGGAACGGACCUUGGAGCGACAGUUCACCCGAGUGGCGUUACAUACCCGAGGAGCAGAAGACGGAAAUUGGAUUGACUUUCGAUCGUGAUGGCGAGUUCUGGAUGUCGUUCCAGGACUUUUUGAAUUAUUUCGAUCGCGUCGAAAUCUGCAAUUUGUCACCAGAUUCAUUCUCGCAAAAGAGCGAUGACUAUCAGCAAAAUGGCAAGCGCAAAUGGGAAAUGUCCAUGUACGAGGGCGAAUGGACGCCGGGAGUGACAGCUGGAGGUUGCCGCAACUUCUUGGAAACUUUCUGGCACAAUCCCCAAUAUAUUAUAACACUCGUCGAUCCCGAUGAGGAGGAUGAGGAGGGACACUGCACUGUGAUUGUGGCCCUGAUGCAAAAGAAUCGCAGAUCGAAGCGCAACAUGGGCAUGGAGUGCUUAACAAUUGGUUUUGCCAUCUAUAGUCUAACUGAUCACGAUCUGCAGAAUCGUCCGCAGGGCAUCAAUUUCUUCAAAUAUAAAUCGUCAGUUGGCCGCUCGCCACACUUUAUCAACACACGAGAAGUGUGCGCUCGCUUUAAGCUACCUCCGGGUCAUUAUCUGAUUGUACCGUCAACUUUCGAUCCAAAUGAGGAAGGCGAAUUCAUCAUUCGAGUCUUUUCCGAAACUAAAAAUAAUAUGGAAGAGAACGACGAUCAUGUUGGCUACGGAGGUCAUGCAGAUGAUGUGGUACCUGCAAUUCCUUCGCCAAGGCCCACAGAUCCUCAAAAGGACAGCUUGAGGCGACUGUUCGACAGCAUUGCUGGCAAGGAUCAAGAAGUUGAUUGGAUGGAGUUGAAACUCAUCUUGGAUCACUCCAUGAAGGAUGAUUUACCAAAGGCAAUCGAAUACAGUCGCUUCCAAGCCAACAAUGCUUUUGAGACUCAAGCAGCUGGCAUGGGAGGAGAGGACUCUGGCAAUGCCUGUGGGUUGCUUGCUCUGAUUUGUGGGCCAUUCCUUAAAGGCACACCCUUCGAAAAUCAGCUAGGAGCGGGCGAUCAGUCUAGCAAGCCACUAAUAGAAAAUAAUCCAACUAUUAAUCGACCUAUUGUUGACGAGACGCACGGUUUUUCCAAAGAUGUUUGCCGCUCUAUGGUGGCUAUGUUGGAUGCCGAUAAGUCCGGGAAACUGGGUUUCGAAGAAUUUGAGGCUUUGCUUUCUGAUAUCGCCAAAUGGAAGGCGAUCUUUAAGCAAUACGAUACUGACAGCUCUGGCCGCAUUUCAGGCUUUCAGCUUCGUGAAGCACUUCAAUCGGCUGGUUAUCAUUUAAAUAAUCGUGUGUUGAACGCUUUAGGUCAUCGUUAUGGAUCGCGAGACGGAAAGAUUGCAUUUGAUGAUUUCCUCAUGUGUGCCGUCAAAAUUAAGACAUAUAUAGAAAUAUUCAAGGAACGAGAUGCCGAAAAGAACGAAACUGCCACCUUUACGUUGGAGGAAUGGAUUGAACGGACAAUAUAUUCCUAAUUACAUUCAAUAGCAACUCAGCUCGUUAAUAAUUGUUCUAUUUACGCGAUGUUGUUGAUUUUUCAUUUGCAUUUGUUUAAAUGUUAUGAGCAUAUACAAAAACCGAACAAAGAAUUUAAUAUAUAUUUGUAUGACAAGGGCAUAAUCUAUUUUCUCACCACAUAAAUUCAGUGUUCUCGUUAUAUGGAUAUUCAUCUGCUUUCGUACUUUUACAUAUUUUUGUCAUCUUUUAGUAUCGAAUAUUAAAUAAAACUACGCAAUACAUUUAAUUAAAAAAUGCAUAUU